AUGUCGAGACAAGCAAACAGGCGCAACCGGCGCGUCUUCGACUCUGUAUUCGGGCCUGGCGACAUAUCGCAACCUACCCCGGUGGCGACUCCAGCAGGAGGAUUUCCAGCUCCAGGACAAAAAUGGGGAGGGCCAGAGGAACAAUACCGUCCUGAAAAGGGAUUGAGGACAAAUAUAGAGCACGUGCAGCCAGACACUGGGGAUAGACUAAAUUACGCAAGUAUCGAGUCAAAACAUAUCCAGGAUCAAGUCCGGUGGGAUCGAUCAUGGCAUAUCGUUACUCAUGCAUUGGUUCUACCGCCUUUCCCCAAGGGACAAACCUCUAAGGUACAAUUGCAGCCGCAAAUUAGUGGGCUUGAUAGCAGUUUUUACCAAGCGAUGGAGGAUAUCUUGGACCCGGCUACACGUAUUCCUUAUGCAAAUCAUACUGAGAAUAUUGUGACUUGGCACACUCAACAAGUGAGGUCUCAUUUUCUGACGCAAGUUCUUCCGGUUAUCGCUCAUCUGAAGGAGAGCCAUGAUCGGCCGAGCGAUCUUAUCUCUGAGAGUGUGCAGGUGUUGAAAACGGCGCAUAUCCAGUACCUUCAUGGUUUUGGUCUCAUAAAAGACCAGCUGGAUCUUUCAGCACCUGAAAUUUCCGCAGUGGUUUUUGCAAAGUUCCAACGCGAUUUACGCGCUGUCAUUAGCAACUCUGUGACAGACGCUUUGUCGGAUGACCUCCGUGAAGUUAUAGAAGUGUAUACUUCAGUUAUUCUCGGUCUGCCCAUAGACAAAACGACUGAGAAAGCAGAUAUUCAACCAGAGUCGAGGAGAUCAGAAAGAGCUCGCGUUGAACUUCUAGAGCUUGUGAGCUCUUUAAGAAAGGUCGGGUUGGCAGGAGAAAAGUUUCAAGUCACUUUUGCAGAGAUCAUGCAUUUUUUGAUGAAGGAAUAUGUACGAAAAGGCUUCAAGGGGGUAUGGUCACUGGAAAACAAGGAAAACAUACCAAUACAAAAGUUUCUAGAUGCAGAAGAAUCAGUCUUGCCGAGAGCUGCUCAUCUCAUCUCACCCUCACAAUGUACAAGCGAAUUGUGCGAAUGGAUUGAGAAUCGUUACUCUAAGCUGGCUGUGCAGGUUCUGAGUAUGGUCGAUACACCAACAACUAUAACUUGGGCCAACAAAGAAAGAUAUAAGGAGAUGGGGAUUGGUCAUUUAGCGGAUCUUCGAAUUGAAGAAUUAUUUGAUAUAGUCAUCAACCGACCUAACAGCGGCGGGGCUUUGGAAGACCUCAGGACAGCCAUCACCACACCUCAGAGACGACUAUAUCUCACCGAGGCAUUCGCUAAGACGUUGAAUGAGAGGCUAUUGCAUCCUGGAACGUCCACGCUCCAGAUUCUACAGACUUACAUAUCUAUGAUAUGGUCGUUUCAUUCCCUAGAUCAUUCAAAAGUGCUUCUUGAUCGAGUUGCUUAUCCUCUUCAAUUAUAUCUGUGCUCCAGAGAAGAUACAGUAAGAAUUAUUAUAACGGGACUUUUAGCGGAUCCCGAUGAUACCCAAGGCAAGGCUGGUUCUGGAGAUAAGCUCGUCGAACUGGCACAACUCCUUCAUAGUGGUCAGCAAGAAGAGAACAAAUCCAAAUAUGAUGAGGAAUUAGAUUGGCAUGACAUGGAAUGGGUGCCAGAUCCUGUUGAUGCCGGGCCAGGGUAUAAGCGGUCCAAGAAUGCUGAUAUCAUUGGUACCUUGAUCGGGGCUCUGGGUACUUCAGAUAUCUUUAUCAGGGAAUUUCAAAAUAUCAUCGGGGAUCACCUUCUGAAAAACGAUGGUAGAUUUGAACGAGAGGUCAAAGUCCUCGAAUUACUCAAAACUAGAUUCGGAGAAGGUCCUCUCCAAGCUUGUGAAGUGAUGUUUAGAGAUAUCCAAAACUCCACCAGCCUAAACCUUGAUAUCCGACACAAUAAAUCCCUCGAGCCCAGUAACGAGGAACGAGAAGUCGCCCGCACAAAUGUUCCUGAGAAGGUCAACCCGGAAGGUCUCCACAAACCCUCUCUCCACGCCAAAAUACUGUCCCGACUCUUCUGGCCGCAACUUCAGGACGACACAUACAACAUCCCAACCGAAAUCACCAACCUCCAAGCACAAUACGAAGAAGGCUUCGAAACGCUCCAAUCCUCACGCAAACUCACCUGGCUCCCCGCCCUCGGUCAAGCAACCGUCGAGCUCGAAUUCGAAGACCGCACCAUCAUCGAAGAAGUCCACACCUGGCAAGCAACCGUAAUCUGGGCCUUCCAAUCUCCCUCGGGCGACCCCAUUACCCACACCCUCGACACCCUCACCACGCAACUCGAAAUGGACGAGCCCCUCCUCCGCGCCGCCCUCAAAUUCUGGGUCGCAAAACUCGUCCUCCACUCCCCACGCCCCGGCGUCUACACACCCCUCGAAACGCUCAACACCACCCAACAACAAGCCACCACCUCGCAACCCCCCGACGAACCCGACGCGCCCGCCGCCAACACCGACAAGGAAAACGAGAAGAUGGCCAUGUAUUGGCAGUUCAUCCAGGGCAUGCUGAAGAAUAGCAGUAGUCAGAUGCCGCUGCAGCAGAUCAGCAUGAUGCUCAAGAUGUUUGUGGGAGAGGGCUUUCCGUAUAGUAACGAGGAGCUGAAGGAGCUGUUGCAGGGGAAGGUUCAGGAGGGGGUGUUGGAGAUGGCGGGGGGGAGGUAUAGGUUGAGGAAGUAG